AUGAGGCCACCCUACAACCUGGUUUUAGAUUUCUUGUGUAAAAAAGGAUUACUUAUGCUACAUGAACAAUUAAAUAAUGCAUUAAAUAUUAAUGAGACUUCAGAUGCUGAACCUGAUCAGCCUGUAGAACUGCAUUUUGAUUUUACUCUAGAAGAGGAUAAUAAUAAUAGUGACAAUGAUUUCAUAGUGGAACUACAAUGCAUAAAACCAAAUAUCUUAGAAACCCUUAUUAAUAAUGCCAAGAAAUCAAAUGUAUAG